AUGGUAAAGACGUUAAGACCAACCCUUUUGAUUAAAACUUUCAUCAGUUAACAGAGAGCGUAAUGACGUGAUUUGAAUAAAGAAAACUCUUUGCGAAGUUUAUACAAGAGAUAUGAAAAAACAAAUUCUUGGCGUGAUUUUGAAUUUCGUAUUGACAACAGGAGAUAGAAAUGUCAUUUUUCAGUAUGCGACCGUAUUACUUGAUAAUACUGCCUUCCAUAGCUUUCGCAUCCUGAUUAGCAAUCAGAAAGGUUAGAGGGUUGUCAAAAAUAUCUUAUAAUGUUUUCAGGAUUUUUCAUAAAGUCGCUUUUAGCUACUCCUCUAUUGAAGAAAACUGCUUUGAAAUCAAUAGAUUCAUCAAAAUCAUCGAUCCUUACUUAAGAAGUGAAAGAUUUCUCUUAUGUUUAGGAAGAUUUAAAUGGAUUACGAAAGUUGAAAAGUUCAGCACUACGCGGUUUGCAGACAUUGCUGAGGGUGGUCGGGUGUGAGUUUCCAGGGAGUCGAGGGGCUGAAGGCUGGGGUGAUCUGUUAUCUAUGAUGUAAUUCCUUCAAGUUAAUAUUGCUUCCUUUUAAAAUAUCGCACGUUCUUCUAGGAGCCACCAUUUGUAGAGAUGGCAAAUAAGUCAGCUAAACCAGAAGACCUGGCGGGAAAAGUGUCUGAAGGAGUUCUUCAAGGAUUUCUCAUUGACGUAAUUAAAGAGCUUUCGAUAGAAGCUGAGUUCGAGUAUGAAAUCUUCUUACGAAGUGAUGGAAGUUACUCAAAUGUAAUUGAGGAACUAAAGAAUCAGGAAAAAGAUAUGGCGCUUGUUCCAAUAACAAUAACCGCAGAACGCGAGUUGGACAUUGAUUUUAGCAAGCCAUUUAUGGACUUCAGCCUUAGUCUCAUCAUGCAGAAAGCGGGUGAUCCACCCAUUAACAACUUUGCUUUCCUUCAACCUUUCACCGGUACAGUGUGGUUGUCCACGGUUGGAGUGGUUUUGUUUAUCACGGCAAUGAUGUGUGUGAUGGACUAUUUGAGCCCGUUCGGUUACCGUGCCCGAGCUCGAGAAUUAGAUGAUGAGCCUGGAAAUGAGUUUAACCUGUUGAACAGCCUGUGGUUCGCUACAGCUUCCGUUCUGCAGCAAGGCCCCGACAACACCCCCUUGGCGCCUUCCGGUCGACUGUUAGCUUCUACAUUCUGGUUCUUUAUUUUGAUUUUAAUUUCUACCUACACGGCAAAUCUCGCUGCCUUCUUUACAAUCAAACGUACUGCAGACACCAUCAAUUCAUUAGAGGCUCUUGCAAAUCAGGAUGACAUUAAAUACGGUGUCAAAGAUGGAGGCUCAGUGUACAAGUUCUUCGAAAAAUCAGAGGACUCGCUGUAUAGAAAAAUGUUCUCUCACAUGAGGGAGUACAAGACCUUUGUAAAGGAUACCGAAACAGGAGUGGGACGAGCGAGGACAGACAAGUAUGCUUACAUAACGGAAUAUCCUUACCUGGAGUACUACAAUCAACAAAAACCUUGCAAUACGAGACUGUUGAAAAAUCUCAUUCAAACAAAGAGCUAUGGAAUUGGACUGCAAAGAAACUCUCCGUACACCAACAGAAUCACGGUUGCCAUUUUAAAGUUACGAGAAAAGAACUUUAUUGAAAAGACACGUCGAAGUUGGUGGGACGAUCGCAGCCAGUGCCCAAAGCCUUCACAGAAGAAAACUGGCAAUACACAGAGCCUCGACGUGAACAACUUGGCCGGUGUUUUUAUUAUCCUUCUUGGCGGUGUUGUAGUCUCAAUUGUGCUGGUCGUUAUCGAGAUACGCUGCAGAAAGCUGGUAGUUUUCUUUACGAAUAGCCAGUGUCGAAAAGAUGAAGACGAUGAAGACGAUGAAGACAUCCCUAUGGAAAACAUCAGAUUUGUUGAGCCCGGAAUUAAGAAACCAAACAUGAUUAAUCUGCAGCACCAUGACAAAUACGCCUACGCACCCGAGAGUAAACUCUGAAAGAACAGUGCAAUCUAACUGAACUGCAGUGUCUGCAAACAGAAUCUCGUUAUAAAAUGAGAUAGGGUUAGGCCACCCACGGGUUUAACAGGUUAAACUGGUUAUCUGUGCAAGGUACCGAAAGUAACUUCCUCGUAAAUUUAAAAGAAGCUCAGUGUACCCUACAUAAAAUACAGAAGAUAUAAAUCGUAUAAUUUUGAUUAAUUGUGGGAUAUUUCAACAAGCUAUGUCACCACUCUGCGCAAGAAUAAGUAAGUAAGCCCUUGAUAAGGCAUCAUCACCAACGACAAAUGAGGUGACCAUUAUCAUAAAACAGCGAAUGAGAUGACGAUAUUCAAAAAGUAUGCAAUAUUUUAAAGAUGAUCAAAAAGCAACAAGGAUGUUUGAAACUGAAGGGCCAAUUGAAACUGCAAAACAAACCAAAAACAUUACAAGCUUAAAAUUAUGUAGCARCCGUGACCUAGRUUCUUUGGUGCUUUUAAGUUGCUAAACAUGCCUCGCGGUAUCGUCACACUGGAGGCGACAGACCAGUUUAAGGAUAAUUCCCGCGUAUUUGUAUGUUCUUGGUUCAGCUUUUCGUACACUGUAAAAUUAUUGUGCUGCUAAUAUAUACAUUUGCUGCUGUCAAUCUGUUAUGUUUAAAUAGUAAUACGGAGACAUCUUUAUUACUUCAAAUCUUGCCUUGAGAAAUAAUGAUUUUAAGUGUAAUUUUGGUGCAUUGAAAUGUGCCCACAACGUAAUUUCCAUUAACACAAUCAUUUUUGUAGCUUAUAUUUGUAUAGAUAAUCAAAUGAUUUCGAGUAAAAUUUGAAAUAAAUAAGUCCAAGAACUAAAAAACCUGCACGAGCCUGUUGGGCGAGUGCAAUUUGUAGUCUUUGAAAAAUUCACGAGUGCUUAUUUAUUUCAAAUUGCAAUUGGAUUACUUGCUAAUAAUAAACCAUUAUGUCAUUUUAACUUUCCACCCUCAGAAAGUUAAAGCACUGAGCUUCAACUUUUUACAUUACUUGGAACUAAUUGGCGUGUUGUCAGCCAAUAGGGACGCUUUAAGUUUUACAUUUUUAUUAUUAUAUGCUAAAAGAACAUUUUCAAUUAAGAUUUAUGAAGUUUUAGUUAUUUCCAACCUUUUUUUUCAUAUAGAUUUCCUUUUAACAUUUAAUAGCAAGUUCUUAUCAUCAUGAGAAAAUUAUUGCGCUUUCUAUUACCUUUAAUAUUGUAGCUGUACUAAGGAGUGGUUGACUGUUUUUGAUCCAAACACGUUUCGGAUAAUACUUUAGCCUUCGUCAGUUUAGCUACAGAAAGCUGACUUUCAUUAGCGUUCUAUACAGUUUCUCGCUGAAUUUCUAUUUAUAGUCAGCCAAAACCGCCACAGAGAAUAGAAAUAUGCAUUCUCAAAAGGAUUCUUCUGCAAAAUUUUAAACGGAUAUUCAUAGUUUAUAAAAUUAUAGACGCUGUCGUGCCACUUUAAAUGCGAAAAGGCACUAAUGGGAGCGAAGUAAGACGAAAUCAUACAAAAAGCAAUAAAAAAUCUACAAUCAAAUGAAAGAGCACCUUGUUUUUGGUGACUUCAUCAAAAUCGACCUUACUUACAUGAAAAGUGAAUAAAAUACAAAGUUCUAAAAAUCACUCUGUUCAGUGCUCUCUACUUCAGAAAUUGCGCCUUUUAUGAAGAAGUUUAUUUUAUGACUGUUGAAAACGUUAUAUUCAGUUCCUGAUCAUAAUGAAACAGUUUUAGAUUUGGUAACAAAGGCCAUUUCCUGAAGGAUCGAAGCUGAACUGGCUCCCAUACCUUUUUCGUUUUUAAAGUGGCUCCGCUUUACAAGCACAAUAAUUUGGUAAGCCUUUUGGUCUGACUUAGAUGCGCAAUUGCUUUUAAACCUUGUCGUAAUAAAGACUAUACAGAAAAAAAACUUUCAGCGAGUAAAAUUAGUUUCUAUAUUGAUAAAGGGAAUGGGCCGCCAAUAGUUGGCGAUUUCGA